AUGUCCAACGAAGAGCUCAUCACCCUGACCUAUCAGGAUCGCAUCGCGAUCGUCACUCUCAACCGCCCCGACAAGCUCAAUGCCCUGAAUGUAGGACUAUACUACACCCUCGCUGAGCGACUACGCGAAGUCGAGAAGCGAGAUGACAUCUACAUCACCAUUGUGACCGGCACAGGCCGGUUCUUCUCCGCCGGUGCAGACGUAACCAGCGCCCGUCCUGAUCCCGGAAACGCCGGAAGUGGCGGCAUCGGCUCAACAGCCCGCCAAGAACUCGUCCGCGGCUUCGUCGCGAACAACAUCGACACAACCCGCGCUUUCUACAACCACUCCAAGAUCCUGGUCGUGGCUCUGAACGGUCCGGCCGUCGGUCUUUCCGCUGCCCUGAUUGCCCAUGCAGACUUUAUCUACGCAGCUCCGCACGCUUUCGUGCUAACGCCCUUCUCAUCACUGGGACUCGUUGCUGAAGGCGGAGCCAGCCGUGCCUUUGUCGAGCGAAUGGGUAUCGCGAAGGCGAACGAGGCGCUGAUCUUGAGCAAGCGGAUUCCGUGUGAUGAUCUUGUGAGGACGGGCUUUGUGAAUAAAGUCAUCAAGGCGGAUUCAGGGAAGAGCGAUGAUUCUGCGGGAUUCUUGAAGAAUGUUCUUGUUGAGGUUGAGGAGUCGAUGGGCACGCAUUUGAACCAGUCUAGUAUGGUCAAGAUUAAGGAGCUUGUAAGACGACCUGAGAGGGAGAUUUUGGAUCGUCAGAAUGGGCUUGAGGCUUUCAUGGGGUUGGAGCGGUUUUUGGGUGGGACACCACAGGAAGAGUUCCGGAAGUUGGCUUCUGGGGAGAAAAGGCAUAAGCUUUAG